AUGGACGAGGAUCUGUUCCAACUGAGGCAGCUGCCUGUCGUUCGCUUCCGUCGCACAGGUGAGAGCACCCGCUCCGAGGAUGAUGGCGAGAAUAGAGAGCAAGUUAUCAGGAUCGCAGAGCAGACUGAUCUGGAGUCUGUGGCUCUUACAGAUGGAGCUCCAGUACCUCGGGAGUUCGCCAAUCCGACUGAUGACACGUUCAUGGUAGAAGAUGCAGUGGAGGCCAUCGGCUUUGGGACGUUUCAGUGGAAACUCUCCAUCCUCACUGGUCUCGCCUGGAUGGCUGAUGCCAUGGAGAUGAUGAUCCUCAGCAUCUUAGCCCCACAGCUCCACUGUGAGUGGAGACUGCCCAGCCUGGAGGUGGCGCUGCUGACAUCGGCUGUAUUUAUUGGGAUGAUGAUCAGUUCUUCUCUGUGGGGAAACAUUUCCGACAGAUACGGCAGAAAAACAGGUCUGAAGAUGAGUGUGAUGUGGACAAUGUUCUACGGCCUGAUGAGUGCAUUUGCACCUGUUUAUGGUUGGAUCCUCGUCCUCCGAGCGCUGGUGGGCUUUGGCAUCGGAGGAGCCCCACAGUCGGUGACACUGUACUCUGAAUUUCUGCCUAUGAAGUCUAGAGCCACGUGCAUCUUACUGAUUGAGAUAUUUUGGGCGCUGGGCACUGUGUUUGAGGUCCUCUUGGCGAUCCUGGUGAUGCCCACUCUGGGCUGGCGCUGGCUGCUCGGCCUGUCUAACAUUCCUCUCUUCAUCUUUGCCAUCCUGUGUUUUUGGCUACCUGAGAGCGCUCGAUACGACGUGCUGACAGGAAACCAGGACAAAGCUUUGGCCACGCUGAAGCGCAUCGCCACGGAGAACGGAGCACCCAUGCCACUGGGAAAACUAAUUGUUGCCAGACAGGAGGAUCGUGGGAAGAUUCAAGACUUAUUUUCAUCCGACUUUCGCUGGACCACAAUUCUGCUGUGGUUUAUUUGGUUUGCAAAUGCCUUCUCUUACUAUGGACUGGUGCUUCUGACCACAGAGCUGUUUCAGGAAGGAGGCGCAUGUGGAAUGUCCAAAGGUAGUAGGAGGGAGCUCCGGUGCAACUUGGAGUGUAAAUAUCUGAACUCCGAUGACUAUAAAGAUCUACUGUGGACGACGUUGUCUGAAUUCCCAGGACUGCUGGUGACACUGUGGGCUAUCGAUCGACUGGGACGGAGGAGGACCAUGGCGUUGUGUUUCCUCAUCUUCUCUCUGUGCAUCAUUCCACUAUAUGGUUGUGUUGGGAGGACAUCCAUGACAGUGUUGAUCUUCAUCGCCAGAGCCUUUAUUGCAGGAGGAUUCCAGGCUGCCUAUGUGUACACUCCAGAGGUUUACCCAACAGCAACCAGGGCUUUAGGCCUGGGAACAAGUAGUGGAAUGGCCAGAGUUGGUGCCCUCAUUACUCCGUUUGUUGCACAGGUGAUGCUGGAGUCCUCUGUGUAUCUGGCUCUCUCAGUGUACUGCUGCUGCUGCCUCGUCGCUGCCGUCGCCUCCUGUGCGCUGCCGAUUGAGACGACAGGCCGCGGCAUGCAGGAGUCCAGCCACCGUGAGUGGGGCCAGGAGAUGAUGGGCCGGGCCUCUACCUCCUCCCACAACUCAGAGGGAAACCCAAACUCAAGCUCCGGCUCCCAGGGCUGA